AAGCGGUGGGAGCCGCUGUGCUGGUACUGAGGGGAUGGCGGAACUUUCAUGCUCCCAGCACCAGCCCCAGGCUGGGCGCGGAAGCUGAGACAGAGAAGGGCAAAAAGGGACCCAGGGAGGUUGCGCCGGUUCCUCUCCCUAGAAGCGGUGACGGCCGCUCCGUCCUGUGGAAGUUGCGUCCACUUCGAGUCACCGCCAGCCAGCCACACACCGGGGGCGUCACUUACCCUGCAGAGGCCCCGCCUUUUCCUUCCCUUUCUCUCCGAGCGCACGCGCCCCCUCAACUCAGCGAUGCUCAACUCAACGGCUCCACUUUCUUCUCCCUCCCUCACUUUCUCCACUCGAGGACCCAACACACUUCCUGCGCAUGUGUGCAACCGAGGCACGCCCUUUCGUCAUCCCGUCAUUUUCUUUCCUGCUCCCUCAGUCUAUGCCUGUGCGCGUGGAUUUCUGCGGGCCCGCCGUCUGAGAACGCGCAUCCUGUACGACUCUCUCUCAAAGAAGGUGCAGGCGCAUGCGUCCAAUGGACGUCACUGCGCUUCUUCUUCAGACACCACCGCUUCUUUCGACUCCAUCAACCAAUCAUAUCAUGGCACUUGAAGAAGGGCGGGAGACCUGGUGGUUUAGUAGGUUUACUCGGUGCCUGUCAAGGCUCUUAUUUGACAAGAGAAAGGCAUCUGCAACCUAACCUUGAGUUUCACCCAGCCUUAAGCUGCACACAAGUGGAAGAGAAAGGUUAGCAAAGGGAUGGGAAUGCAAUGGAAAAAGAAGCGACAGGUUUAGGCAGGAUCUUGUGCCAUAUCAGAAGAGCCAAGCCACAUCCUGAACUGAUAUAAUUUGCUCCUGAAGAACUUUAGUGUGCAACCAGUUUCCUCAGUGAAGAGGCUGCCCGCUUUUCUGAAUGCUCAGAUUGAAGCAGGAUAAGAGGAAUAUGAGUUCGUCACGAAGAGGCUGCUUAAACAAUCCUAAUGCAUUCUGUUACAUUUGUGGCGAAUACACUCUGCAAAAACAAAGAAAAAACAUCACUGACUUUGUAAAACAAGCAUAUCUUGCUUAUUUUGGAGUGAAGCUUGGAGAUCAAGAUAAGUCUUGGGCUCCCCAUAAGGUUUGCAAAACCUGUGUAGAGUGCCUACGACAGUGGAAAAAUGGAGAAAGGAAACGUUUAAAGUUUGGUGUGCCUAUGGUGUGGACAGAGCCGCAAAACCAUCACGAUGAUUGUUAUUUUUGUGUUGUGAAUGUGAAAGGCUUCAAUCGCUACAAGAAACAUAGGUGGGAGUAUCCUGAUUUGGGCUCAGCAAGGCGACCUGUGCCACACAGCGAAGACGUUCCCAUACCAGUGUUUACCUCACUGCCUGACCUUCCAUUGUCAGAUGUUGAAGAAAUGCUGGACGUGGAGUGUAGCACAGGUGGUAGCCCUGGAAGUGGAUAUGAAGAAAGCUUUUCAACACCUGAGCAGUUCUCCCAAAAAGAACUCAAUGAUCUGAUACGAGACCUCAGUCUGUCAAAGCAGGCAUCUGAACUUUUAGCAUCCAGGCUAAUGGAAAAGAACUGUCUACAGCCAGAAGCUAACAUAACAGCUUAUCGGACAAGAGAGGAGGGACUUCUUCCAUACUUCAGCCAAGAUGAAGAACUUGUAUACUGCAAUAACAUUCUUGGACUUCUUCUCCAAAUGGGACUACCGGAAUAUCGACCAGAAGAUUGGCGGCUUUUUAUAGACAGCUCCACCAGAAGCUUGAAAUGUGUUUUAUUGCACAAUGGUAACCGCUAUGCAUCUCUUCCAAUUGCUUACUCAACAAAACUUAAAGAAGAAUAUGAAAAUAUCAAAAUGGUCUUGCAGAAGCUCUGCUAUCAUGAGCACCAGUGGUCUAUUUGUGUUGAUCUAAAGAUGGUGAACUUCUUGCUUGGGCAGCAAAGUGGAUACACGAAGUACCCUUGUUUCAUCUGCUUAUGGGAUAGUAGGGCAAAGCGAGAUCAUUGGAAAAAAGUGUCAUGGCCUUCAAGGGAACACAUGACUGUAGGUGCAGCAAACAUCAUUAACAAGCCAUUGGUUGACAGAGAAAAAAUCAUUCUCCCACCACUCCAUAUCAAGCUUGGACUGAUGAAGCAAUUUGUUAAGGCCUUGGACAAAGAUGGUGAUUGCUUCAAAUACAUUUGUAGAUCGUUCCUUGGACUGACUAUGGAAAAACUAAAAGCAGGAAUCUUUGAUGGUCCUAAAAUUCGUGAACUCAUCAAUGAUUUGAAUUUCACUAAAUUUAUGAAUGAUGUUGAAGCUUCUGCCUGGUGCAGUUAUGUCUCAGUUGUCAAGAACUUCUUGGGUAACCACAAAGCAGACAAUUAUGAAGAAUUGGUGCAAAACAUGCUCGCUAACUUUAAACAUUUGGGUACUAAUAUGAGCAUAAAGGUACACUAUCUCCAUAGCCACUUAGACAGAUUUCCAGAUAAUCUUGGUGAUUUUAGUGAGGAACAAGGGGAGAGGUUCCAUCAGGAUAUAAAGGUGAUGGAGGAAAGGUAUCAAGGCAGAUGGGACAGACACAUGAUGGCAGACUACUGCUGGAGCCUCCAACGUGAUUGUCCUGAUGCCCCCACAUAAAAGAAAAUCAUAUACACAGCAUUUUUCUAUGCAUUAAUUGUGAUUAUCUGAAUCAGCUUACUUUGUUUUAAUGUUAUUGUACUGAAUACAUUAGGUAUUUCAUGUG